AUGGUAGGUAUAGGAAAUCCACUCAAACAGUUAAAAAAAAGGCUAGCUAUGGAAUUUGGUGCUGAUUUCGGUCGACAUGAAAAUCAUCUUUAUCGAUUUGUCACACACCUCGUUCCUUAUAAGAGUAAGCUGACUAAUUAUUGGGCACUUCUUUUAUCGUUACGCAAGGCACACUGUAAGCAAAACAAACCAAUGACUACAGAACAACCUCCCACCCAGAGAAACAAACUACUAGGUCUAGGAAUCUUUGCGGCUGCAACAGUAGGGUUAUACUUAUACACUAAAGCAAGGCCGGGAAAGGCUAAUCUGCCUUAUGUGUAUCCUACGGAGCAAGCUUUAGCCACUGGUCGAGUAUUCCAGACAGUAUAUACACCUCAGGAGUUUGAACUAUUGCUCAGCAGUCCUGCAGCCCUAAAUGGAACGAUGUUUGUCAGUUUUGUCAGGCUCGGUGGAGGACCAAGUAAUUCCAUGGCUACCAAUUUGUGGGACAUUGUUAGUAGGGUCGAAACCCCAAACACGAGCACAGUGGCCGUUGAACUGAUGGGUGGAAGAAUGGAAGAAAUUGCUAACAGAUACGUUGUAAACAAAGUUCCGUCUGUUGUUGCUUUAAAGAAAACGUUGCCUUACGAUACCUACGUUGAUCCAGCAGUGAGGAAUAGCAAUACUGAAGUCAAUGAAAUCGACAGGGAGAAACUACAAGAAUGGGUAGAAAAUGUUCUCACAAGAAGGUAG